CGCUGCUCCCGCCCUGCGCCUGACGCAGAGCGCCGGGGGCGGGGCGGAAGUGAGGAGGCGGAGGAGGCGGAAGUAGUUUCGCGUGCGGGCCCAAGAUGAAUUCCAGAGGCACUUCUUAUCUGUUGAAGGAUAGUAUCCCAAUUACUGAGUUUUCAGCUUCUGGACCGUUCGAAGGUCAUGAUCUUCUGCGUAGAGGCUUUACAAGUGCAAAAAAUGAAUUGUUGCCCAGUCACCCACUGGAGUUGUCAGAAAAAAAUUUCCAGUUAAAUCAAGAUAAAACAAACUUUGCCACACUGAGAAAUAUUCAAGGGCUCCACGCACCUUUGAAGCUGCAGAUGGAAUUCAGAGCAGUGAAACAGGUCCAACGUCUCCCGUUUCUUCACAGCUCAAACAUAGCACUGGAUACUCUGAGGGGAAAUGAUGAAUGCAUCGGUUUUGAGGAUAUCCUUAAUGAUCCUUCACAGAGUGAGGUUAUGGGAGAACCACAUGUGAUGAUGGAAUACAAGCUUGGUUUAUUGUAACAAAAUGUACUCCACAAAAAUGUUUUGUGCGUGUCUUUAUACUGCAGAUCUAAAUACAUGAUACUAAAUUGACAGUGUUAAGCAGUCCUACAGUUAUCACUUGCCUUCCUUGAUGAAAAGGCACAUUAAAUGUUUAAAGUCUAUAAAUUGUUCUGUGCUUGUUGUCAAUUAUAUAAAUAUGUUCUGUAACUAGAUAGUUUAAUGUCUCUUCAUACACUGCUCAGGACAACAGCUUCUUAACUCUGGAAAUGCUAUAUAUGUAUACAAGAAAUCCAAAAAUACUCGUGCAUUUUAAAACUGAUUACUGUAGGUAAAUGCAUUUAAUGGAUGUUCUUGCAGAAGAACUUUUUAAGGGUGAAAAGAAGGUAUUUUCCGUUGAGUAACUCUUUGUUCAUGAAAAUUUCCGUACACUUUUUAAACUAUUGAAUAAAAGUUUGCUAUAAAUGCUGUUGCGUUCCAAAAUAUAUUUAAUCAUAAAUCAAGAGUCUCUUAUCCACAACACAAAAUGGUGUUGUUCCUUUUUCUUGUAAUAUCUCUAAAGAUCUUUAGAUAUUCUGCCUUGCCAAUGGAAUCCUGCUACAUCCAUUGUCUCCCCCCUGUUGGCAGUUGUGCAUGAGUGAGCCAUUAAGCUUUUGUGCAGAAUUGGAAGUAUCGCUGUAAGAAGGGAGUUAAAGGUCUCGAUUCGUUUCAUCUGUGUCCCUGAGAGGAUAUUCUGGUUUCUGAAAGUGGAAGCAAGUUCCACUUGAAGUUUAAAGAGGUGUUUUAAAAUCCAUUUGGGAACAUAAUCCAAAAGAGCACUCCUAGAGGUGUGUGUGUGUAUAUAUAUAUAUCAAAUGUCAGAGAUUAAGAAAGAAUGCAGUACCUAAUAAAGCUGCUGCAGUGAGAACAUGAAGAUACGGUGCUACUAGAUGACAAACACAGAAAUAAUUCUUUUGUUGGUUUACUGAAAUCGGAUCUUAAUUAAGGAAGAAUCAGACCUAUACUUAAAUACACCUUUUAAAGGAGCAGGCCACUGAAAGGUUUUUUGUGUGUUAUUAAAUUCAGGGUGCGUUGUCCUAUACAAAUCCUGCAAGGCAGCUAAUACAAUACGGCAUGUUAGGAAGAACAAAAAAAGUCUGUGGUUCAAAAGAUGCCAUCUCUUGUCAUAUGUGAGGAGCUGGAAACAAUAUUUCUAAGACAGGAACUGUCUUUAUUCAGCAGGUUUUAAUGGUUAAACUGCUAAGUGCACUCAGUGUUUUGUUCAGAUAAUUUUAGCAGAAAUGUUGCUAUAAACCUCUUUUCACAAUCCCAAACAUCUCUUGUGCUUUUCAAUGUGCUUGUGCUGCCGCAAAUUCCCUCUCCAUGUGGGUGGAAGCCUCUAGCUUCUGUCCUGUAAAUUUUACAGUGCUUUUAUGCGCAUCUAUUGCAAAACAUUGCAGCAAAUCAAAAAACAUUUAGAUGACACAGUGUGACAUGCUUUACUGGCAGUUUUAUUUGGUUUUAUAUUUAAACUUGUUUCAUUUGAGAAGUGAAGCUUCUAAAAUUGUCUUUCACUUGAGAGUUGCAGAUAUUAGAGGCUUGUGCUAUGAAAUACAUGCUAUUCCAUUUGUAUUUUUUGCCUUGGUGAGGUUAAAUGUAGGACCAAUAAAUUGAACAUGCAAGCACGGA